AUGGCUGCUACUAUUACUAUCAUAAAAUCACUUGCUUUGGCUUUUGUGCUAAUUAUCUUGCUUCAAAAUUCACAUGGUGUGAGUUCAACAACUACUGAGGCAACAAUUUCAGCUUCUCCUGGUGUUUUACCUUCUCCUGAUAUUUCCUCGUUUUUUCCUACUCCAAUGAGUUCCUUCGAAGCUCCUUUUGAGGCAGAGGCACCUGCACCAGCACCGAGUUCAGGAGAGUUUCAUGGCAACAAGUCUUCUAGUUCAACUAGAUUGGAAUAUUGUGUUGCUGCAUUCAUUGUUGGUGUUAUGUUCUCUAGUUUCUUUCUAAGUAUAGCAUAG